AUGGCAAUGGUACAAUCGCCCACUGAUGCUCAAAUAAGCUCUCUACGCGACCAGCUUUAUACAGCUUGUCUUCCUAUACAGGAAGAAGAUCCUAGAUAUGUCUUUCAUCAGCAUGACUUUAUGGACAUGGAAAAUAUUCCUUUGAAUAAUGAUAUACAAACGCUUCUCUUGGUAAUUCAAAAACUGUUAGAUGAAAAGCUAAUAAAAGUGGUUCACGACUCAGAAGGCAUGGGAUGGAGGAUACGAAGUCAGGAAGAUGCUAAAAAGUAUCGAGCUCUCACCACAGAGCAAGAGCUGGUCUAUGCCUUGAUUGAUGAAUCAGGCCAAGAAGGAAUCUGGUCCAAAACGAUUAAGUCAUGUACCAACCUUCACGACGCAGUUUUUGCGUCAUGCAUCAAAAGUCUCACUGUGAAAGGCUAUAUAUGCGAAAUGAAGUCAGUUGAACACCCUGCGCGAAAAAUGUACAUCAAAGCAUCUUUACGACCGAGCGAUCGAGCGACCGGGGGACCUUGGUUCACGGACGGGGAAUUAGAUGAUGUUUUUAUCAACACAGCGUUAAUGUUAUUGCAAAGACACAUACAUGCUAGGUCUUGGCAGAGUGUUAAAAGAGGUGCUAAAGUACCUAGAAAAAAACUAAAAGGGUUAAGACCAGAAGAAAUAAAAGCUCUUCGAGAUAGUCAAUUAGAAUUGCAAGCAGAUCCACCAGUUCAGUUUAUUCCAAUGCCAGCCACCUACGAAAAAUAUUUAACCCUAGACGAAUUAACACUUAAGAUCGAAGAAUCUUCUGUUUUUAAUCAAACUCUGACUCCAUCAGAAAUGCAACAGCUAUUGGAUGUAUUAAUCUUCGACAAUAAGAUUGAAAAGGUUAUGUGCGGUACCAGAUGGGGAUAUCGAUCUCUAAAGCAAACUAUAAUUGGCGAAGAUCAACGAGGUGGUGUGUUGUCUGAGGUUCCAUGUGGUAGAUGUCCAGUCUUCGAGUUGUGUGAGGAAAAUGGACCAGUAGGACCGAGUGAAUGUGUGUAUUUCAAUGAUUGGCUUGGUUUAUGA